AUGGCUGAAGAACUACAAGUAGAGAUGCAAACAACGGUUUGCCAAGCACCCGAAGAAACGCUCCAAGCUAUGGCAAAGGAUUUUGAACUUGAUAUUUCCGAACAAAGGAAAAGUACAAUUGUUUGCAUGAUUUUUAACCAUAUUGAUAAAGAAUUGAUGGACAAAAACGAGGAACAACGAAUGUUAUUCUUGACAGAAUUUCGCUCACGUUACUUUAAGAGCACAGAACCAAAAGAAAAAGAUGUUUUAGAAUCAGUACCCCCUGUAAAACAAAACGCAGGACAAAGUCAAAGCACAUUACAAGGUAUGUUAGAAUCUACAAGUGUAUUUCGUCGACAAUUUAAGAUUGUGGGACAAAUUGGGCAACCAAAUGAAAAAGACAAGUUGAGUUUCACAUCCCUGACAAGACAAAUUGACACUGGGGUUAAACAGGGUUACACAGAACAGGAAAUUGUGGACGGUGUUAUUCGUGCAAUUAAUGGUGGAAUGGUUCUUCGAACUUACGUAGAAACUUACAAGGAUCUAUCUCUAGAGCGGUUACGAAAAAUUCUUCGAAACCAUUAUGAUGUAAAAAGUGCAACUGAGCUAUAUCAAAGUCUUGCAUCAAUAUGUCAAGGGUCAAAGGAAACACCACAAGAAUUUCUUAUGCGUGCCUUGGAUUUACGCCAGAAAAUCCUGUUUUCAAGCACUCAAGAUCAAA